UUUCUGUUUAAAGGGUACCGGCAGUCACAUCGUGCAGGCGUUGUAGCUAGUCGCUAUAUUUCAAAAUCCAUGGAUAGUCAACAUCUGUCUAUCAUGCUUCCAGUCUUGUUUAUUGUGUUCCUCGUUCUAAUUCUGAAGAACUACAUCACUCACAACUGGGGUUUAGGACUUUUCUUUAUUAUCACGUUGGACUUUCUAUCGCGAAUUGAGAUUUCUACGGGUUCGCUCGUACUGAUUUCGGUAGUCUUUGAGGCUAUAUUGUUUUUAUCCCAGCCUUAUAGUAAAAUGUACGUGAAUCGCGUCAUCAAUUGCGGUAAACCGAACUUGGACCUUAAUAGUGAGAUAUAUACUAAACAUAAAUUAUUUAUUGUUAUAAAGCGCUCAUCGAAACAAAACAAAAAAUAUCACUUGGAGAAAAUCCGAAACGAAACGUCCAUUGCACCAGAGUUUAAAAAUUUCACAGUCUUCCCUGCGAGAUUAGAGUCCGUGGACCCCCAAGAAGUGGACACCGAAGCUAAAAGAUUGGCCACAUUCUCAACGGUUCCAAGGAAUUCUAUACCAAGUCGAUGCCCCUAUUUCACCGAAUUUGCCAACACUGGAUUGUAUUACGAUAGGAAGGAACCGUGCGUUCGAUGCAGCCGGUGAGUACCGUUAGCAGAGCUGAUUAUUCUUAUCCACAUUCUAACUUUUUUGGAAUGAUUUCUUGAGCCCUGAUCUCUGUUUAUAUCAGUUUAAUAUUCAGUGUUUAAAGGGACACUUGGACUCCGAACUGGGAUAACGAAUCGCAAGGUUUGUGAUUGUAAUCGGGGAUGAAAGUUUAUAGAAUUGAUUCACGUAGAAUCUGUAGACCUGUUGGAAUAAAUUAAAAGGGAUUCGACGAUUCAUUUAAAAUUUGACUUACCCUUUAUCCACAAACGUGUUUCGAAAUAUAUUCAAUUACCUGGUAAAUAUUUAUUAUUUUUUUCAAACAACUAAAAAAGUUAUUCUUUCAAUCAGAGAGUAGGGCUCCGUCGUUAUUCCAUUGCGCAAUAAUCAGAAAAUGUAUAGAGGGUAGUUCAAAUAGUUUAAAUAUUACGCUUUGAAAUUAUUUAUUUAUUUUAUAUUUCUAAAACCCCACCUUAAUUUGGGUCCUAUUGUGCCUAUUAAGAAACAAUUAUUAACUGCACCGCUGAUUUCAUUACCAUAUUUUCAAAGUAUAUGCAAUAAAUAUCGGAGAUAAUAAUACUUUUUUUUGAAGACAUCACAUUGCUCCGGUGAAACUCGAUUAUUUUUUAAUUGGGUGCUUACCAUCUGAUUUUUUAUUAUAUUGUUGCUUGUUUUUGGGUAAAGUUUUAACAAAAUAAAAAAUGAAGGGAUUUUCAUAUGAUUAUCAAUUUAACUUCUAAAUUUAAGAAAAAAAAAAUAUAUAAUUUAUCUGUAAGUAUUACACAAAUUAUUGUUAACUUUUGAUGGUUUUUAAGAAAUUAAGAACUACAAAAAUGGUAAAUAUUACGUAGCUAAUCAUCCUCCGGUUAAAGUUUUUUUUUAAUCAUAUUAUUUUAUCGUUGGUAUUAUUAGUUUGUCUGAAAUCAAUAUUGUAUCAACUUUAAUAAGUUCGAACGGCAAAUUAACUCCAUCGAUCCUACGAUUAAUGACGACGCGGUAAGCCGUAGUAGGUCAAAUACUAUUUUGUACAAAUUAUUUUUGUGAAGCGCAUAUCUUUACACAAUCUGUAGGUGCACGUCGAGGUUUGAGCUACACAGCGUGCCAGGUGGCAGGCGAGACUGGCACGUGCGGUGGUGUCCAUUCCACGCGACCGCAACAUCGACAAACAACACAAUCCACAGAACGUUGAACGGCGGCCACCAGCUGACGACCGGAGGGUAAGUUUUUGGGAUGUUUAUCAUUGUGUUAACUACAAUGAAAUGAUUAGCCGGUUUAUUAUGUUCUCCAACUUGUGAAGUCAGAGUUGGAGGUGGCCAGAGAAAGUAGGAGUCUAUUGAAAUAUAUUUUUUUUUAAAUAGUAAAAUGUGUGUUUCCCUCCUCUACCUUAUACCUUUGUGCUAUAGCUGCCACUAGUAUUUAUGGUUCUUUUUGUUAAAUAAUUAAAUUUAAAAAUGAAAUAUUUUAAAGAAUAUUUUUCAGUAAGCUUGCCCAAUUCUAAUACAUUUUUAUGCAUGGAAAAAAAUUCCCUGGCAAUUUUAUUACUGAAAUUUAUAGAACUUAAAAAAAUUUUUUUUUUAAAUUAAUGAUCAAAAAGUGAUUGUUAGAAUUGUUUGAAAUGGGAUAAUAUUCUUAACUUGGACAAUUUGAGGUUUGCUCUCUAUUUUAGUUUUACAAUAUUUAUUUUAGACCGCCCCACAUCAGUGCAAUGACAUUAUGUCUUGGCGUGCGUGUUGUAUACUCAAUGUCAACACCCGGUCUUAAAAUCCCUUUGUCGAGCUCUUUCUUACUCUCCAAUGGAAAAAUUUGAUUUUUAUAACAUUUUAUAUCAUCUAGCCGUGUAGUUGCUGUCGAUCGGCCCGAGGAGAACGAUCGGGACGUUGCCGAGACCGUUGAUCAACGAGAAGGUAAACUCGUACGCCUCUGGGCACAUGACACUGUACAGUUAUGUGAUUUCCAUUUGAGCUUGUUAUUAUACAUGUGAUGCUUUUAAAGAUUAACAAGAUCCCAUGACUGGCGGCUCACUCUGACCGUAACCGUGAAAAUACCGCCUGAUUCCAUUUCCACCCACUUUAAUGCUUUAAGGAGAAUAUCCACUAGUUCAAUCCAUGUAACUCUAUAACGUCUCUCUUUUAAAAACGGGACCGUUGCGAACUGGAGCUAGAAUCCCUGAAAUAACAUAAUAAAAAUGGCCCUUUUUUUUCAGGGGCAUAAAACCAGAAACCAAAACUUGCCUUCUUGCCGUUCUCAAUAGAUUAUGUUUUAACGAGUUGUAGAAUUUAGUGGUACCCGAAAAAUAAUUACAUUAAAAUCGCAUUUUUGACACGUUACGAGGAGAAUAUCAAUUUAAUCUAGAAUGUUCCAGAACUUUAUAUAUUGUUUCACGGUGUUGCAUGGCGGAAUCUAAGAGCUUAUUGAAAUGUUAGUUUAAUUAUAUGCAUUUCUAUACUUUCCUGGGGAUCACCGAGUCAUCUUUUUAUACGUUUCACAAAGUUUCUACAUUAUUCUUUAAGCUUUGAUAUUUUUUCUAUUAUUUUAUAAGAUUAAAUUAAUGAAUUUGACUGUUUAUUACAUUUCGCUAUCUUUCAUUGAGUUUCCUCAAAUGUUAUGCAAUAAGAAUUAAAUAUGAAGUUUCUAGAAAAAAAAAAUUAAUAGUCCAUUAUUAUGGCCUAAGCUAUAUACAUAAAUAAAGUUGAAGGCUUAGAUUACGGUAUACACUACUACGUGUAUUGAUGGAUCUUAGCCAAAGUUGGUAAACAUACCCUUCAAUAUCCAUCCGGGAACAAGAUUCCACCGGCAACGUGAUCCCAUGGAGGAACAGGUUCCUAACGGGGUCGAAAUGAGAAAACGUGUUCCCACAUGGUAACAAUCUCACGAGAGAAUAGACCCCAACAUUAAUGGGAUCUCAAGAGGAACCGGAUGCCACUGAGGAAUGGAAUCUGUCCGGGGAAUGGGAUACAACACGGAAAUAGAUUCCAUCGGGAAACGGGAUCCCCAUAGGGAAUGGGGUCCUAACGGGGAACAGGAUCCCCCGGGAUCGGUAUCCCAAAGUGAAACGGGGUCAAACCGAGAAUGGGAUAACACUGAGAUCGGGAUCCCACUUUUAAGUGUUCCCGUAGGCAACCAGCAGGAAACGGGAUCCCAUCGAGGAACGGGGUCCCAUCAGGGAACGAACUGUUGACAAAAGUUAUUAUAAAUAAGAAAAAUUAAAAAUUGUAUUUUUUUUCUUUACUUUAGCGACGUGUUAUUCCAUGGCCCUUACUUUCCUUUUUAGCUAAAUAGAUGCUGGAAUCUUUUUCCAAAUUCAACCCGGGCAAAGCCGGGUAUAUUUGCUAGUGAAUAAUAAAAAUUAAUUUAAUAUUUUUCUUUAAGAAAAAAAAUUACUUACCCAACAGAAGGUCAUAAUCCCGGGCACAGACAUUUCAUAAAAAGACGCAGAGUUGAAAAUAACUUUUAACGUCAUAUGAAAAAAUCAAUGGCCGCUUUGAAAAAAAGGUGUGCUCAGAGUACUGCGUGAAAAAGCACAGCGUGUCCAUGCAUGAAGAUCCUUUAUCACGACAAUUGACACUGCAACAUGACACGCCAAUCUUUUCUCAAGUUUAGCCAAUGAGUGAAGAGAGGGAUUUCAGGAAAGAGACCAUGUUGAGUUUUCAGAGGGUUAAAUUAGUCAAAAGAAACGGGGGUACGAUUAAAUAAUGAGGACCCCUUGACGGUAUUAAAUACACUGAAAUAAAUACAUAUUAAGGUGUGGUUGUUAUAUCUACGAUAGGCCGAGUUAUUUAUCUACAACGCAAGAUUAGAUGUCUAUUUAAUACUCUUCUUAGCCAAUGCACAUCGAUCGCAAGCCCUAAUAACUUGACAACCUCCAUUCGACCUGUCUCUACCAAUGACUUAUCUCUAUACCAAUGACCAGUCUCUCCCAAUGACCAGUCUCUACCAAUGACGUGUCUCUCCCAGUGACUUGUCUCUAACAAUGACUUUCUCUAUACCAAUGACCUGUCUCUACCAAUGACUUGUCUCCAUACCAAUGACCUGUUUCAACCAAUGACGUGUCUCUAUACCAAUGAUCUGUCUCUACCAAUCACCAGUCUCUACCAAUGACGUGUCUCUCCCAGUGACUUGUCUCUACCAAUGACUUGUUUCUACCAAUGACCUGUCUCUACCAAUGAUUUAUCUCUACCAAAAAUGACAUAUCUCUAUACCAGUAAUUUGUCUCUACCAAUGACCUGUCUCUACCAAUGACUUGUGUCUUCCAAUGACCUGUCUCUACCAAUGACUUGUGUCUUCCAAUGACCUGUCUCUACCAAUCAUUUGUCUCUACCAAUGACACGACUCUAUAACCGGUGCCAGUAAUCUGUCUCUAUCAAUGGCUUAUUUCUACCAAUGUCUUGUCUCUACCAAUCUUAAUUGAUUUUAGACUGAAGACAAGCAAGUAAAAUCUAUUAGCGGUUUGAAGCUAUCAGAAAAAAAUAAUAUUUUUUUUAGCAAUAAUUAUUAAAGUUUAAGUUACAAGGGAUCAAAAUGAAAUAAAAUUGAACUUGUUUCCUAAAGAUAUUAAAUUUAACUUCCACCAUGUGUGUGUAUGUUAAAUAAAUAUGUUUAUGUGCCAUCACUGCAACUUAACGUUGCUUAAUAUUAUUCUCAUGUCUUCAUCAGACGAGUAGAUUAUUUCUAACCUUAACUUCAUUUAUGCUACUUUUCAAAGUAUGAUCAGACAAGUGGUUGCGCACUGCGUGAUCACUCCUUGAGAGGAAGUUACUCCACAUGCAAGCGGCAGCAAGCCAUAAAUCCAUUAAAGUUUUUACAAAAAUUCCCCUCUGGGAGCAUUGAUAAAAUACAAUUUAGUUUAAAUUGAAUCCAUUUCAAAUUUUGUUUUAGAUUUUGAUUUAAUAAUAAUUUAUUCCAAUGGUUAUUCACGAGAAGAUAAUUAAAAAAAUAAUAAUUUUAAAAUUUAUCUUCUCGUGAAUAACCAUUUUUUUAAAGUGGAUGAAGCUGGCUUUUUAUGAAACUGGUUUAAGAAUCACGUGGAAAAUAUUGGAUGUCCUGGGUUUUCUUCUUCUUCUUCUUCUAUAUCUUAAGGGCCCACGAUCAAUUUAUUGAUCAUUUUGGCUCCUAUGAGUUUUGACUCAUUGAAGCGUGCAGCUAGUGGCGUAGCUAGGGAUUUGGAGGCCUGGGGGCUUGGCCUCUUUAGGGGCCCCUGCAUUUUGACAUUCGACAAGGGGCCCCUGCAUUUUGACAUUCGACAUUAUUUAAUGUAAAAAAAAAAAUUCGGACAUGCCUUUGGGGGCCCCUCUCAAGUAAUAACCUGAGAGGACUUUCGAAUUUUGACCCCCAAUCCCCCUCCCCUAGCUACGCCACUGCGUGCAGCUCUACUUUUGUGUGUAAGUUGCAUGCAAGGCGGAUGUGUUGCGGGCAGAGAUUGCGCAUUCUUAAGCGCUUUUGUUGUAACCCGUGCGUCACAGUGGUUGGCGUGCUGUUUUAUAAGCGGCUCGGUUCGUCGUUUCAAACAGGAAGUUUCGGUACACACAUCGACCCUACUUUCUAAAUAUAGGUCUCGUGAGAGGGGAGCUGGUUAAAAAGGGGAUGGGGAUGGGGUUGGGGUCGGGGUUGAAGGCAGGACUAGGUGCAGCACUUCGGCCACUCUAAAUCAGUGUUUCCGAUACGUUUAAGUUUGGUGGUACGGUGGGCAAGUUUUUAAUUGCACAAUGGGCCAGUGUGAGAUCUGUUUAUUGUUUUUUUUUAUCUGGCUCUAGUUAAUACAUCUAUAUAUUUAUAUAAUUAUAUACGUGUAUAUAUGCCGCAUCUCCCCCCCCUUUCCUUUAUUUACGUCUUGACCAUAUAUAACUAUAUGGUCAAUGCAGAAAAUUGGUGCCACGACGUUAUUUCGUGAUAAUUGUAAAGUUUGUGUUUUGGAUUCGCUCCCCUUAUUGUUGUAUCUAGAGUUAAAUUUUCCUUAAGAUUACAAUGACAUGUUUUUUUUUUAAUUAAAUUUUUAUUGGUUGAUUAAUUUAUUAUUUAAAAUAUCAUUGGUUGGGUCAUUAUAAUAAUUUUUUUGCGCCAUAUUUUGAUGAAUUUGGGAUUCAUGGCAGGCAUUGUAUUUUAUUCACGCUCUUGAUAUUCUUUUUGGUGAAACCUGAAAUAAAUUGUGUAAAAGUGUAUCUCAUGAAACUGUAAGUUGGGUUUUCAUCAUUUCUUUAUUUUAUAAUUCUUUUUGGCCAUUUGUAUUGUUUUUUUUUUGUGUUCAUUUUAAUUGUCUUCUUGCCACGGUGUGUAAAUGUCACGUGUUUUUUUACUUGCGGCUUUAGGGCUAGUUAUAGGGCAUAGGGUUUGGAUUAGGUUUAGGGAUAGAUUUCGGACAUUUUUUUCAUUAGUUUUUAACGUUUUAUUCCCAAUUUUUAGCAAAAGUGAGUUUUGUUCUUCCACGUAAAUGUUCACUGGUCGCAGCAACUAAGAUGGCGGCCAUGUGAUACGUCAUGGCACCAAUUGUCUGCAUUUACCAAAUAUUUUUAUUUUAAAUAUGUAUGUAAACACUAGAUCAGCGGGUGUCAACCUGUGGGUCGCGACCCCUUUGGGAGUCGCAUGACCCUGUCACAGGAGUCGCCUAAGACCAUCGGAAAACACAUAUACUCUACAGUUAUAAAGUAUCAACGAAAAUAAUUGUGUUGUUGGGGGUCACCACACCAUGAGGAACUGUAUUAAAGGGUCACGGCAUUAGAAAGGUUGAGAACCACUGCACUAGAUUAUCCGGAAGUUCUUCUUCGUCUUGUAAAACAUCACGGUACUACACCUAUUUGCCAUAAACUUAGAAGUUACAUUGCAUGGGAGACACACAAGAGAGCCUACAGAAGAGAAACAUAUGGCCACUCCAAAAAGCAAACAAACAACAACGAUAACCAAUCAGAGGCGUAGCGAGGAAGGGGCAGGGGGGGACAGAUGUCCCCGGGCGCCAGCUAGUUAGGGGCGCCAAAAUGUGCUUUGAUAUUAUUUUAUUGGUGAAAAUAAUGGGUUUGAGAUUUAAAAAAAAAAAAAAGAAAAAGGGGCGCUUUUAAAUGGAUCUUGUCCCCGGGUGCGAAUCUUGUCCCCGGGCGCCAAACACCCUCGCUACGCCUCUGCAACCAAUCUUUAGUCAGGUCCACGUUGGCCAGAUAGAUUCAAGACUGAAGUGAAGGAAGAGAUGCCAUUGUAUGGUGAAACUCACUAUUUCACUAUCUGUUGAUAUCUGUUUUAUGUCUAAGAUAGAAUGGUGGGAAAUUGUUCUUCUAUAUAACAAAAAUACUAAUAAUCUCUCUCUCUCGCUCUCUCUCUCUCUCUCUCUCUCUCUCUCUCUCUCUCGCUCUCUCUCUCUCUCUGUAUAUAUAUAUAAUAUAUAUAUGUUUUGUUUUUUUAUUUGUCUCGUUAAUUUGAGAAAGAUUUAUAAAGCCUUAAACAACAAUACAUGCAUUUUCAUUAAACAAUAAUAUAAGUGCCAAUAUAUCUACGUUAAAUUGCAGCCUACAAGACUUUCGCAGCCAGGUUCGACUCACUCCGUGAACAGCCCUGGGCCCGUGAACCUCACAUGGCGGAGACCUUGGCUCGGUUUGGGAUGUUUUAUGGAGGUAAAACUUGAUAUAUUCAAGGAGUUAAUUUAGCAUUUUAAAAGUCAUUAUUUGAGUACAUGUGUGUGCAGUACUGCCAUGCUCAUUGUCACAAGUGACAUUUAUGUCAUUGCAGCAAGGUUUGGAGUGGAAAAAGAGUUCAAAUUAAUUCGAGUCAUAAAAAUGUUUAAAGACAGGAAAUAAAAGUGACGGGGCCUAAAGUCUCCGAAAAACACUGAGAGUAAAUUCUAUCUUUGGGUUUGUAAAAGGUUUGCGACAAUCUUUUCUUUUUUCCGUUCUCCAUUUUCAUUCAAUGUGUCUACGGUCCCGAGUUUCAGUUCAUAUUCUUUAUCAUUAACCGAUUACCGAAACAUUUAGGUCUACACGUCAAUUUUGUCGAUUAAUAAAUUUGACCAAAAAAAAAAUGAAUCAAAAUUGUUACAUACACAGAAAUUUUGUGGCUGAAAUUAGUUAUCGUUAUCAUUGGUAUGGGGUUUUUUUUCGUUUUUUUUUUUUUUGCCAUGAUGAUAUUUAGCUUUAAAAAUCUUUCCUGUGUCUGUCGGGGUUUAGGGGUGGGUGACAAGCUCUGUUGCUGCUCGUGCAACUUAAAAAAUGAAUCAAAAUUGUUACAUACACAGAAAUUUUGUGGCUGAAAUUAGUUAUCGUUAUCAGUGGUAUGGGGUUUUUUUUCGUUUUUUUUUUUUUGCCAUGAUGAUAUUUAGCUUUAAAAAUCUCUCCUGUGUCUGUCGGUGUUUAGGGGUGGGUGACAAGCUCUGUUGCUGCUCGUGCAACUUCAUUAUCACCGACUGGUCAGAAGGGAGGAUACUCGUGGACAUACGCGAGCUACACACAGAGUUUGACCCAAGAUGCCCAGAACUGCGUCCACGGGGGUAACCGGAUGUAGACAUGUGAACGACUCGGAAAUGUCUAAGGAAGACUUACUAUUAAAACCACGAACAAAAUCUCAUUAGAGUUCAAAAAGCAUUUUCAAGAAAAAAAAUAUUUUAAUAUCAAACAUUUAUACCAAGUGAUUUUACUUCUAGUUACCAUUAUUGCAGUGAAUUUUUAAAUUUAAAAAAAAAUUGGAAACUAGGAAUCAAUGAAUUGUCGAUCACUCUGAAUAGUGUAGGGUUAGAUCAUGUUGUUGUUUUUUGUCAAUCAAUUUAAUAAUUUUAACAGGGUUAAUUUAUCGAAUUGUUCAUACAUUUUUUGGCAUAAUCAUUUGACGUAAUUAUUUACGCCCCCCCCCCCACGAAAAAUACCACAUUAAUUUUUAAAUUUUUUAUUGUUAUUGCCAUGUUGUAUCUUUCGAGUCCAGACCAUUCCAAAAAAUUUCAAUUGUGUAAAUACUGCCGAUAAACAAAUUCGAUUUCUUUAGUAAAAGAUUCAAAAAUAAAAUAUUGGCUGUGACAUAAACUAGACUCUAUGCUUU